AUGGAAGCACUGUUCGGCAUCACAGGCAAAGGGUACACCAUUGUUGCUUCGGAUAAAAAUGCGGCACGAUCGAUCGUGAAGAUGAAGACGACCGAGGAAAAGCAGCGUGUGCUAGGCAACAACCUCGUCAUGACAUACGCGGGUGAAGCUGGCGACACGGUCCAAUUUACUGAGUUUGUUGAACGCAAUAUGCGUUUGUACUCUAUUCGCAACAACAUCAGCCUGCGUCCCAGGGCAGCUGCAGCAUGGAUCCGCAAGCAGCUUGCGGAGUCGAUCCGAUCGCGUCGCCCGUACCAGGUCAGCCUUCUUCUUGGCGGGUUCGACACGCCAUCAGGCGAGCCGGAGCUAUUCUGGAUGGACUAUCUCGGCACACUUGUCAAGGUCCCUUAUGCCGCGCAAGGGUACGCUGCGUACCUUACGCUCUCGACGAUGGACCGCUACCACCGCCCUGACAUGAAUAUCGACGAGGGCCUCGAUCUCCUGCGACGGUGCAUCGACGAGCUCAAAAAGCGCUUCAUUAUAGACGUUGGUCAGUUCACCGUGCAUGUCAUCGAUGACGAUGGCACGCGCGUGGUUGCGCUGUAA